GACGCUUGACAUUUCACGAGACCUAUUCGAAGGAUUUCUAGAGAAGUACAAUGCAUUUUGCGAAUUUUGGAACUGUGCAUUUGUGUUUGGUCGAAAGUUCGAGGAAAAGGAGUUUGAAUUUCCAUCUUUUCGGAUGCGACGGACACCUACGCUCAAUGAUUGUAAUAUUUUCGAGUCGAGUUUCGUUCUGCGGCGUGCUGAACUGAAUAAUCGCAAGCUGACUGAAGGACAAUCGCCAUGGUCCAUUCGUCAAACUGCGGUGUAUCACCGCCGUAUCCCCAUUGUUUUUACUGAACAUGAUUCAGAGUCGGGGCACAAUGCUCUGAGAUAUAGAUCCGUCUUUCUCCUUAUUUCUCCAUCAGAAUCUUUUGAAAAGCAAUUGGCACUCUGUGCUGAUUCUUUUGCGAGAGAGCUGGCAAUGUCUUGGCAAAACAUUGUAAGGUUGCUCGUUUCUGAUGCUGCCAAGGGGUGGCGAGAAUACAUGGCUUGGAUGGAAGAGGAAAUAAUGGAACAGUCUAACCGUCUAGUGUUUGCGAAGGUCGACUCCGAAAGGGAUAGUUUUGAUCCACUUACGGACUACCAAAUUAGUUUCAUAGAUCGACAAAGACUGAAGCAACUUGAGGACAAGGUAAACGAUCUUGGAAUAAUUCUCUCAACAAUGCAACAGAAUGUCCUUGGAAUAUGCGACUACACUCGUAAAAUCGGCCAAGAAGAGUACCAUGCCGAUGGAAACGUCGUCGAUGCGAUUAUCGAAGAGCUCGAAGAGCAAGCCAAGGAGAUAGAGAUGCACGUAAAGAGAGGAGAAGCUCUUAAAGCAAGGCUAAAUUCUGUCACAGAGCUACUUUCCGAUCUCUUAAAUUACGAGGAUGCAAUAGCGUUGAAGGCUAUUGGACGUGAAGCGCAAGUUGAAAACCAAUCAAUGCAUAAGCUCGCAGAAAAGAGCACUAACGAUGCCGCAGCAGUUAAAGUCUUGACGGUGAUCGGCCUCGUGUACCUUCCUGUCACAGUUGUUACCGGCUUUUUUUCUACACAAUUCGUAAACACCACGGAUGGUCAGAGCAUGCAAGUGUCCAGAAGCGCCUGGCUACUAGCAGCAAUAUCCAUACCCCUAACGGUUCUAACGAUUGCCACUUGGUGGUCUUGGGUGCAUCUCCACCUUCGCGUGCCUCCGAAGUUGUCACUGCCAGGAUGUUCCAUUCGUAGGGUUGAUUUCCGUGACAGGCUCCAAUCUAUUCGCUUGCAGCUUGGGAGAAGAGCAUUUCCUGAUUUGGAAAGUGGGUCUAAUUUGCGCUCCUCUGAAGGCUGUGCUCCAUCUCCGCCACCGUCAUGCAAACUAUACUCCAGAAGCUGCUCGGAAGGGACAGAGGCGACGAAGGUUGGCUGAGGAAACUUCGUUGCCUGGUGGACCGGGCCAAAUAUUUCAUGCGGUUGGAAAGCAGUUCGCCUGAUACGCAUUUCCCCACAGGUGCUUGUGGCCACCUUCUAAGGAGACAAGACACGUGAGGGUAGGUUCGGAGCAGGUGAGGGACAUGAGAUACGAGAUACGAACGCUUCUCCAUUUUGAGCACUAGCAAUGAUCGCGAGGCACAAUUGAGCAAGCACAU